AUGGGGAAGUCCAAAAAUUUGACGCACGAGGAAAUCUGGGAUGACUCUUCCCUGGUGAGAUCGUGGGAUGAUGCAGUGGAGGAGUAUCAACUCUAUCACAGUAUUCAUGCCAAAGGCGAGAAUGUCGAAGAUGUUCUGAGAGAGGCAGAGGAAGCGCGUAAUUCCGAAGAGAGCGGUUUCAGAGAGGAUGCUGAUGAAGUGGACGUUCAAGAUGUUGCUAUGGAGGAACCUGAGGACAACAAUGUAUCCACUCCAGCCCCUUCGGUCACCAAACCUACCUUAGAGGAAGUUAGCCAGCAACCUGCUCAAGGAAGCCCUGGCAGAGACCUUAAGGUUCCCGCAGGCACCAUGCCGAUGCCUGAGCCGCUCCUGGCUCAAGUUCAAGAUGAAAGCAUAAAGCGCCUCAUGAUGGCCUGGUACUACGCGGGAUACUACACAGGUCUUCAUGAAGGCCAACAAGCCAAUCGGACAAAGAGCUAA